GCCCCCUGCUUUGGGAACUGACGCAGGGGUGAGGAGGCGAGGGACGGUGAAAGAAGGCAGCGGAGUGCAGGCUUCGUCCGCGCGAGCUGGCCAGGAGGCGCGCCAAAGUAGCGAUGCUGCGGUUGCGCCAUCUGUCAGGAGCCUGGGUGGCGGCGGCGGCGGCGGCCGUGGUGGGGAUGGUGCUGGGAGGGGAGGAGGCAGACUGAGGCUGAAAGAGAGAGCCAGACGGAAAGCGAGCCUCGUUGCCCGAGCACAUCUCCGGGCAGCCUUGCGCCAGACAAAGCUGCCGCCCCCUUCCUCGCCCGGCUCUUGGAGCCCUGCAGCUGCUGAGGCGGGGAGUUUUGACGUCCACCUCCCCCCCCCCCCUCGUUAUUUCGGUCUUUGCCUUGGUAAUAAAAGGGCUUGGCUGAGAGCAGCGAGAAAUCAUCUGGAGAAAGGACUCGGACCGCCGCCCUCAGGACCCCGCAGAGAGCAGGGAGGGGGGGCGUCCGCCUGCCCGCGCGAAGGUGGCUCUGCAGACCCCGCAGUCCUGCUGCGCUUCAGGACCAAGGCUUACAGAAGUACUUGAAAAAAUGUGCUGAAUAAAAGGUUGCUGUGUUUACUGGGUGGAAAUUCUGGAUUUUAGAUAAUGGGCUGUGUGCAAUGUAAGGAUAAAGAAGCAACAAAACUGACGGAUGAGAGAGAUGGCAGCUUAAACCAGAGUUCAGGUUAUCGUUAUGGGACAGAUCCAACCCCACAGCAUUAUCCAAGUUUUGGUGUGACUUCAAUUCCAAACUACAAUAACUUUCCCACAACUGGAGGACAGGGAUUGACGGUUUUUGGUGGUGUCAACUCCUCAUCACAUACUGGCACCCUGCGUACAAGAGGGGGAACAGGUGUAACUCUUUUUGUGGCUCUAUAUGAUUAUGAAGCAAGAACAGAAGAUGACUUAAGUUUUCAUAAAGGAGAAAAAUUUCAGAUACUUAACAGCUCGGAAGGAGACUGGUGGGAAGCUCGUUCCUUGACUACAGGAGAAACUGGUUACAUUCCUAGUAAUUAUGUGGCCCCCGUCGACUCCAUCCAAGCAGAGGAGUGGUACUUUGGCAAGCUGGGACGAAAGGAUGCUGAGAGACAGCUGUUAUCAUUUGGUAACCCACGAGGGACCUUCCUGAUUCGAGAGAGUGAAACCACCAAAGGUGCCUAUUCAUUAUCUAUUCGUGACUGGGAUGAUAUGAAAGGAGAUCAUGUUAAACAUUAUAAAAUUCGUAAACUCGACAAUGGUGGAUAUUACAUUACAACAAGGGCACAAUUUGAAACACUUCAGCAACUUGUUCAGCACUAUUCAGAGAGAGCUGCAGGUCUUUGCUGCCGCUUAGUAGUCCCUUGUCAUAAAGGAAUGCCAAGGCUUACUGAUCUGUCAGUCAAAACCAAAGAUGUCUGGGAAAUCCCACGAGAAUCACUACAAUUGAUCAAGAGACUGGGAAAUGGGCAGUUUGGGGAAGUAUGGAUGGGUACUUGGAAUGGAAAUACUAAGGUGGCAAUAAAGACAUUGAAGCCUGGUACAAUGUCCCCAGAAUCAUUUCUUGAGGAAGCUCAAAUUAUGAAAAAGCUGAAGCAUGACAAACUUGUCCAGCUUUAUGCUGUGGUGUCUGAAGAACCCAUCUACAUAGUCACAGAGUACAUGAGUAAAGGAAGCUUGCUAGAUUUCUUAAAGGAUGGAGAAGGAAGAGCCCUGAAAUUGCCAAACUUGGUGGACAUGGCAGCACAGGUUGCUGCAGGGAUGGCUUAUAUUGAACGAAUGAAUUAUAUACACAGAGAUCUACGAUCUGCAAACAUCCUGGUGGGAAAUAGUCUAAUAUGCAAGAUUGCUGAUUUUGGAUUAGCAAGAUUAAUUGAAGACAAUGAAUACACAGCCAGACAAGGUGCAAAGUUCCCCAUAAAAUGGACUGCCCCAGAAGCUGCAUUAUAUGGAAGGUUUACAAUAAAAUCAGAUGUCUGGUCCUUUGGAAUAUUGCUAACAGAGUUAGUCACAAAAGGGAGAGUGCCAUAUCCAGGUAUGAAUAACCGUGAAGUCCUGGAGCAAGUAGAACGGGGUUAUAGGAUGCCAUGCCCUCAGGAUUGUCCGAUCUCCCUUCAUGAGCUCAUGAUCCACUGCUGGAAGAAAGACCCAGAGGAACGCCCAACUUUUGAGUACUUGCAAGGUUUCCUUGAAGACUACUUUACUGCAACUGAACCACAGUACCAGCCAGGUGACAACCUGUAAAUUGUUGGUCUGUGCAGACUUCCACUUUCAGGUAUCCCACUCACCACUGACAUACAGUGACUGGCUGCUCCCAGAAGUAGCAUCUUAAAGCAUCAGGAUGUGCUGGGUCCUGAAGACGAGACCUAACUACCUGCCCAAAAGAUCUGAAUGUCUUCUAUGAACAGAAAGUGAACAUUUGGUUUUGUUUUUAAUCAAAGACUCUGAACCUGCAUUGUUUUGAUGUUAUAUACACUGCAAAAACUUUGUUCAGUGUAAAUAGUAAUUCAGUGCCAAUAACGGAUCCUAGUGCUUUCCUUUUUUAAAAAAUAAUGCAAAACUAUGUGAUUUUAACUAGUCUUUUCCUGAUUCACCUAAAAGUAUUAUUUUCCAAAAGUGGCCUCUCUUUCUCUACAUUUUUUCAUGUUUUAACAAAAUAAAAUCAGGAUCAGUGUCCUGGGUUUUUUAUUUUUUUUGUUCUGUUUGCUUUUUAUAUAUAAAAUGUAUGUAAAAAUAUUCAUACUUGUAUAUACUAGUCAGUGGGUGCUAUUGCAGAGGAAACUCAUUUCAAAAACUGAUUAGCCAUGCUGCAAAGCACCUGGGUGGGUGGGUGGGACUAAUUUCACUGUAGACCUGAAACACUGGUAAGAUUCUGAAAUCCAGUGAGUUUUUGACUUUUGCCAAGCAUGACUUUUUUAAUUGGAUUGCACUUUUUGGUUUGACUAUAUACCUGUAGGUUGUUGUAACUUUGGAUCUUUCAGAAAUUAUGUGCAGAGUUUCCAGCAACAUUUGACAACUGCGUGAUUUGAUUUUGUGAUCAAGAUUGAAACAAACUUAUUAAAAGCAAGGAAACCCAAUUACCCAUUUGGACUGGAAGGUUGAAACUGCAAGUACUUUCUUGUAUCAAAAUAUGUAUGCUGAAAAUUUUCAGAUUUUUUUAAUUUAAUAAACAUUGCAACCACAUGCAAA